GACUCAGAACGACAGGGAGGAACAGCCGUGGCCAUCGUGCCGUGGCCCCCAUUACACCUGAGGCAUCUGCUCUCCUCCCUCUCGGUGUCACCACGACCUGAGACACGGGGGCGGCCCCGUGACCCGGAAGCUCUGGUAGCCAACAUGGCGGCGCCCAGCGGCGAGACGGAGCCGGGCCGGCGUUCGCGGCCGGCAGCGUGAGUAGGCCACAGCAGAGAGCUGGAUUGGAAGAGGAGCAGCCGGGACUGGAACCGGCGCCCAUAUGGGAUGCCUGCUGGUGCCACAGGUGGAGGCUUAGCCUGCCGUCACCAGAGAGAAGGCCGGCGGCUGGGCGGAGAGGAGAGGCAGAGGACGGAGCGCCUCAGGGCAGCCGCCUGUUUGAACUCCGCAGGUCCUGUGAGGAGCAGAGGCAUGAGCUGGGCCCAAGCCGCCCUGCUGGCCCGAGGCCUCUCCAGGGGCUGGGGAGGCCUGUGCAGGGCCAUCCUCAGGGGAGCCCCCUUCUCACAGGUCGCUCCCCUGGCCCUGCGGGGCCUCCACCGCAGCGCUGCGGCCUGCAGCUCCGACCUGUCGCUGGUCCCUAGCCCACCCGAGUCCCAACGCAGGCCCAUCAAGGUCCCGGAGCCCCACGAGGAGCUGUUCAAGCAGGCGCCGGGCGGGGAGCGCGACAAGGCCAGCUUCGUGCGGGCGGUGCGGCUCUUCGGGCAGCAGGACGUGCGCAGGCGCGGCCACGUGGACUUCAUCUACCUGGCGCUGCGCAAGAUGCGGGAGUUCGGCGUGCAGCGGGACCUGGCGGUCUACAACCUGCUGCUGGACGUCUUCCCCAAGGAGGUGUUCCGGCCGCGCAACGUCUUCCAGCGCAUGUUCGUGCACUACCCGCGGCAGCAGGAGUGCGGCGUCGCGGUUCUAGAGCAGAUGGAGCAGCACGGGGUGAUGCCCGACACGCAGACGGAGUUCCUGCUCACGCAGAUAUUCGGGCGCAGGAGCUACCCCAUGCUGAAGCUGGUGCGCAUGAAGCUGUGGCUCCCCCGCUUCAAGAACAUCAACCCCUUCCCCGUGCCCCUCGACCUGCCCCCCGACCCCGUGGACCUGGCCAGGCUGGGCUUGCGGCACAUGGAGCCCGACCUCAGCGCCAGGGUCACCGUCUACCAGAUGUCUUUGCCCAGUGACCCAGGAAGCCCCGAGGAGCCCGCCCAGCCCCACAUUGUGGGAAUCCAGAGCCCCGAUCAGCAGGCCGCCCUGGCCCGCCACAACCCAGCCCGGCCCAUCUUCGUGGAGGGCCCCUUCUCCCUGUGGCUGCGGGACAAGUGUGUCUACUACCACAUCCUCAGGGCUGACUUGCUGCCCCCCGAGGAGAGGCUGGACUUGGAGUACUCCAGGGGUGCCUGGGACGACUACGAGUUUGACAUCGACGAAGUGGAGGAAGGCCCCAUCUUCGCCAUGUGCAUAGCGGGCGCGCACGACCAGGCGACACUGGCCAAGUGGAUCCAGGGUCUGCAGGAGGCCAACCCAGCGCUGGCCCAGAUCCCCGUGGUGUUCCGCCUGGCAGGGCCCGCCGGGGAGCUCCUGACGUCGGCAGGGCUGGAGGAGCCGCCCCCGCCGCGCCCCGAGGCCCAGGAGGAAGAGGAGGUCCCGCAGCGACAGCAGCAGGGCCAGAGCUGAGUCUGGCCGUGGACUGGUGUGCAAGCGCAGAUGACCUCGGCGUGCAGUGAAUAAACCUCUCCGGCCCAGGCCACCCUCCCUCCUCUCUCCCGCCGCUUCCCCUCCCCGGGUAGCCACUGAUGGGGCGGCGAAUCCCUAGGGUCUGUGGGCCCCAGAACCUCGGGCGGGCCCCUCUUGGGGCUGGCCCCAGACCCUCGGUCAGCUUCGCUAAGCGAAGUUAGGAAGCUCAACAGAGGCAGCCGGUGGAAAGGGGAGAGUGGGUUGGGCGCAUGCGCAGGUUCCGCUCUCGGUCUCCUUUUGGCGCCGCGGGGC